AAGAUGCCAACCCCGAACAUCUCCACCUCUGCAGCCAAAGGCUUCCGCAGGGCGGUGUCAGAGCUGGACUCCAAGCAAGCUGAGGCCAUCAUGUCUCCACGGUUCAUCGGUAGACGUCAAAGCCUCAUUGAAGAUGCCAGGAAGGAAAGAGAGGCUGCAGCUGCAGCCACUGAUGCUGCAGAGUCUACAGAGACCAUUGUCUUUGAGGAGAAGGAUGGGAGAGCCAUGCUGAACCUCUUCUUCAUGCUCAAGGGAGCCAAGACUUCACCACUGUCCCGUGCCCUUAAGGUAUUUGAGACAUUUGAAGCUAAAAUUCACCACCUGGAGACCAGGCUUAGCCGAAAGCCCCGUGAAGGGACCGCUGAACUGGAAUACUUUGUGCGCUGUGAAGUCCACAGCUCUGACCUCAAUACUUUCAUUAGCUCCAUCAAGAGGGUAGCAGAAGACGUGAGGACCACUAAGGAAGACAAAUUUCACUGGUUUCCCAGAAAAAUCUGUGAAUUGGACAAGUGCCACCAUUUGGUCACCAAGUUUGACCCUGACUUGGAUCUGGAUCACCCGGGCUACUCUGACCAAGUAUAUCGCCAGAGAAGGAAAUCGAUAGCAGAAAUUGCUUUUCACUAUAAGCACGGGGACCCGAUCCCUCAUGUGGAGUACACGGCAGAGGAGAUCGCUACCUGGAAGGAGGUGUAUAGCACCCUGAAGAGCCUGUACCCCACCCACGCCUGCAAAGAGUAUCUUGAAGCUUUCAAUCUACUGGAGAAAUUCUGUGGCUACAAUGAGAACAACAUCCCUCAGCUGGAGGAGGUCUCCCGCUUCCUGAAAGAGAGGACCGGCUUCCAGCUCCGGCCGGUGGCUGGCUUGCUGUCGGCGCGGGACUUCCUCGCCAGCCUGGCCUUCCGUGUCUUCCAGUGCACGCAGUACAUCCGCCACGCGUCCUCGCCCAUGCACUCCCCCGAGCCGGAUUGCUGUCACGAGCUGCUGGGGCACGUCCCAAUGCUGGCCGACAAGACGUUUGCCCAGUUCUCUCAGGACAUUGGCCUGGCGUCUCUGGGAGCAACUGAUGAAGAAAUUGAGAAACUCGCAACGCUUUACUGGUUUACGGUAGAGUUUGGGCUCUGCAGACAGAACGGGAUAGUCAAAGCCUACGGAGCCGGGCUCCUGUCUUCCUACGGGGAGCUCAUACACUCCUUGUCAGAUGAACCAGAGGUGCGAGACUUUGACCCCGAUGCUGCUGCUGUUCAGCCCUACCAGGACCAGAACUACCAGCCCGUAUAUUUUGUGUCCGAGAGCUUCAGCGACGCCAAAAGUAAACUGAGGAGCUACGCGGCACACAUCAAGCGGCCCUUCUCAGUGAAAUACGAGCCCUACACCCACAGCAUCGAGCUCUUGGACAGCCCUCAGACGAUCUGCCACUCCCUGGAGAGUGUAAGGGAUGAGCUUCACUCACUGAUUAACGCGCUCAAUGUUAUCAGUUAAUAUGAGAACUGGGCUCUUUCCUUCCCCUCUUCCCACACAGCCCCAAAACUGCCUGCUCUGCUCUCGCCUAGUUCCCGCCUAUUAACUCCUACCUGUCUUCUCCAAACAUUUGCAUCGCUGCCUGUCACCAUGCGACCCCAACAGCUUUCCACUUUUAUAUCUAGGGCCAGCUUGGAGGAGGGGAGAGGGAUGGACCCAAGGCCUGCUGGCUUUUUGGGUAGCUUUUCUAUUGACCGCUGGAAGAGGCUUAACACACACCAAAAGCAUGGCCAAGCUACAAAGUUGAAGUCAAGAGCUGUGUGCUAGGCUCCUGGGUGCAAGGAAGAGGAGAAAAGCUUCUCUAUUUAAAAAAAAGAGAGAGAGGAAAUCUAUUUUUUGCAGUUUGAGAGAAUAAAUUAAUCUGCUUUUUUAGCCCCAGAGCAACUCCUAUAGGAACUUCAUGAGGGACCCUCAGUCCCCACCAUCUCCUGCCUCCUACAGCCUCAUACAUUUGGGAAAUGAAGAGCUGCUCUAGAAACUUUCCUGCCUGAACCAGCCCUAUGAGGUUUGAAAUUUCAGCUCCCAGCCUCCCCAUAGCUUCUCGUACAGGGGGAUGCUUAAGCACAAGACCCUGAGCUGCACCAUACCACCAGGCUGCAAUAAGCAUUGUAGCUCCCCUGAACCUCCAAAAUGACCUAAGCUAGGAGUUGCCUGUCUGGCAUAGAGCAGCCCUGAUCUACCUGCAUCAUUCCCAGCACAAGGACCACAGAGCAAGCCCUGGCCACCCCAGACCAGCGCGUGGGCAUCUCCUUCAAAUCCUCUUUUAAGAGCUUCCCACAGCAGGGAGUCCUCAAAAGCCCAGCUGCCAUCCUUCACAGCAGAUAGCAGUCACAGCUAUUGAUGUUCCUGUGGGCUGGUGGCCCUGGGCAGCCUCGGCAGCCUCUUGGUGUCCUGACUUUAUUGGUUAUGGCAGACUGAGUAGGGCCACUGGUGUCCCAAGUUUUCCAGUCCUUGGGAGGAUUUCACAUGCUUUCACUUUUCCAGUCUAUUACACAGGUACAGCAUUGUCUUGUUCUUAGAUAUCCCAAUAUCACUGUCACCUGAUGUAGCUCAGGUGUGUGACUAAUGCCAUUGCUGGCCAUUUCUGAGGAAGGUAGCACAUGGUUAGGAUGCUCAAACCCAGUUUCAUCCAGCUUUCACUGUAGAAAUUAAUGGCUUGAUGUGAUCCAAAGGUCUCAGUUUUCCUCCCCCUGCUUUUGCCCUUCUUAUCUUCUUGCAGGCUGUCUCAUAACUUAGCGGUUUGCUCAGAAGUUUGGCCCAAGGUUAUGCAGCUGUGCAGUAUCAGAGCUGGGCUUGGGAUGCGUGGAGGCAGCUAAACAGCUGUGGGGGACAGCAAAGGGGAGAAUUACACAUAGAUGUUUGCAUGAUCAGUUAUAACAUUUCCGUAUAGACUUUUACCACCCUUGUCCACUAUAUACUAUUUUUAUAAUUUCCUCUUUAAAGAAAUGCAAGGCUUAGCAGUUAAGUUUUGGCUAUUAGGUGUAAGUAUCCUCCAAUAUUUAUAUAUAUCAUCGCUCUCCAAUGUUAUGUGGCUCAGUCAUAAUAGUUUACGAUCCAUUACACUUUAUCCCAUUUCAGACCUUCACAUACAUAUGCUUAACCCCCAGUUCUCUCAAAUUUUAACUACUGAGCUACUGACAGCACUUAGUCUCCCACCUACUUCAAUCCUUCCUUUCUGUUUCCUUUCUUGUUUGACCCCCUUCCUCAAUUCCUCCUAAAUUGCUUAAAAGGCCAUUACUGAAAUCAGCAGUUCAACACUACGGCUAGCUACUUCUCCUCAAGCUGUUCCUCCUCCUCUGAUUGUCCCAUAAAUUAAUAAAACUACUGAGUUCAUUCAGUUGUUAUAAUUUUAGAGCACUUUUUCCAAAGCUUCAGCUAUGAUUUCCCAAUCUGGGUGGGUCCAGAUCUUGAGCUGUAACUCUCAAGGUUCCCUUAAGGGCUGUAACAAUUUUUAAUUUGGGGUCUUAAGCUAUUACACUUUGAUUAAGUAGCUGGAGCAAGCUAUGCAAGACUAAGGCAGGUUAGGUCAUAGGUUAGCUAUCUAGCCAUGAAAAUCUUAUUGGUGACUCCAGUAAAACAGACUAAGAUAAAGAAAAUAAAGCUUCAAACAGUCAAGAAGUAACAAUGAAGCCUGUAUAGUUAAUGCACAGCUUAUGGCCUUGUCACUAAUAGCAAUGCCACAUUACUGCAGGUUGC